GCUACUGAAGGUGUAAGGAGCAGAGGUAAGAAUAUAUGUGCUAGGUCACCUAGCCUGGGGACACCCCAGACCACACGGAAACCUCGGUCCAGGCUGUGGAGCACCUCAUCCUGUGAGCACCCACACUCCCUUCUGUAGAAGCAGCACAGGCAGAAACCGAGUUAAUCUUCAGCAAAUGAACAGUGAAAACUCUUGCCCCAUCAGGCUUCUCGGGGCCACCAUGCAAAUACCAAGCAAGCAUGACAUUCUGCAGAGGGCAAGCUACAUGUAAACGUUAACACUCAUACCUUGGACACGGAAAGCAGAUUUCUACCCCAGAGCCUGUGACCCCCUUCUCGGAGUUGAUGCACCAAGGGGUCCUUAUUGAGCCUUCCCUGAGGACCAUCGUUGUGGACCUGUCAGAUGGGCUCCUGGAAUGUGGCCUACCAACAUCGCACAGGCUGCCGGGAGAGGGGCAGAGGCAGCCAACCUGUAGAUGGCCUUCCUCAUGCUUAUCAGGCUCACCCCUCACCCUCUCCACGUAUGUCAAGUCCUUACAGAAAUCUCAGCCUCCAAGUCCUCUCUUGGACUCUGCGCCCUUCACUUUCUAUUCUUUCACCCCGAGGCAAUGGCCUCUCACACACUGUGCCUUGAACGGCACCUCUUGAGCGUGUCCUUUCUUCCUAAAUAAGUCUGCUGUGCUUUUCAUGGAUGCAGCCUGAAAUUCUUUUCCUGUGACAUAAAUUACUGAACCUACAGCCUACUCCCUGGGUGGGGUAAUCUGAGGUCACCCUCUCUUCUUAGGGGGGAGAGCUUGGACCUCAUUUGACAAGAUGUUUGGUCAUUAUGUGGCUUUCCUCACUGUAAGAGCGUAAAAUAUUAUUUUGUGAAAUACUAUGUUUUGGAUUUACUUCAGAAUAAUGCAGGUGGUGUUGGGAUACUAAAGUUACAAAAACAAAACAAACUCUUUGUACAAGGGAAAAAAGAUCGGCACCAGAUAUGGUGUACACAUCCAUAGUGCCAGCACUCAUAAGAGGCUGAGGCAGGAUCUUCAAUUUAAAUACAACCUUAACAAUGUAGCAACUUGGUGAAAACAUGUUCAGAACUAAAAAGUUAAAAAGGGCUGAGAACGCAGCUCACUGCAAAGGCCCUGGGUUCUACCCCCAGUUGGGGGCAGGGUGGAAAGUGGAUGCAGAGCAGAGGCCUGGGCCUUCCAGUACGGGCCUGUGGUUGCUGCCUCAGCCUCAAGCCAGCCAGGUCCCGGCCCCACCCCACACCGCUCCUCCCUCCUGGCCUCGCAGUCCCCUCCCAAGCUCCAGUCCUCCCGCCUCGGGCACCUGCAGCGCCGCAGCAGGAGUGGGGCUCAGGGCGCCAUGGCUGCUGCCUACCCCAAGGCCCCCACAGCUUGGCGCCUGGCCUGGGGGUGCUGGUCUGCGUUCUGGGACUACGAGACGCCCAAAGUGAUCGUGGUGCGCAACCGGCGCCUGGGGGUCGUGUACCGCACGGUGCAGCUGCUCAUCCUGCUCUACUUUGUGUGAAGAGCUACCAGGACAGCGAGACAGGCCCCGAGAGCUCCGUCAUCACCAAGGUUAAGGGGAUCACAGAGUCUGAGCACAAAGUGUGGGAUGUGGAGGAAUACGUGAAGCCCCCUGAGGGGGGCAGCGUGUUCAGCAUCAUCACCAGGAUUGAGGUCACCCCUUUCCAGGCCCUGGGUGCCUGCCCAGAGAGCAUAAGGGUCCCCAAUGCCACCUGCCACUCGGAUGCUGACUGCACACCUGGGGAGCUGGAGAUGCUGGGCAAUGGGGCACGGACAGGGCGCUGCGUGCCCUACUACCAUGGGGCCACCAAGACCUGUGAGGUGUCCGGCUGGUGCCCGGUGGAGGACGGGGCCUCAGCCAGCCACUUCCUGGGUAAAAUGGCCCCAAACUUCACCAUCCUCAUCAAGAACAGCAUUCACUACCCCAAGUUCCAGUUUUCCAAGGGCAACAUUGCGCACCGGGAGGAUGACUACCUGAAGCGCUGCACCUUUGACCAGGGUUCCAACCCCUACUGCCCCAUCUUCCGGCUGGGCUUCAUAGUGGAGCAGGCGGGGGAAAACUUCACAGAGCUGGCACACAGGGGCGGCGUCCUCGGGGUCAUCAUCAACUGGGACUGUGACUUGGACCUGCCUGCGUCCCAGUGCAACCCCAAGUACUCCUUCCGGAGGCUCGACCCCAAGCACAUCCCUGCCUCCACCGGCUACAACUUCAGGUUUGCCAAGUACUACAACACGAACAGCACCACCACCCGCACGCUCAUUAAGGCCUAUGGGAUUCGCAUCGAUGUCAUCGUGCAUGGUCAGGCAGGAAAGUUCAGUCUGAUUCCCACCAUCAUCAACCUGGCCACUGCUCUGACCUCCAUCGGGGUGGGCUCCUUCCUGUGCGACUGGAUCUUGCUAACAUUCAUGAACAAAAACAAGGUCUACAGCCAUAAGAAAUUUGACAAGAUAGUGGACGCCCCUGAUCAACAUACAGGACAAGGGCUCCCCACCUCUGAGUCUCCCCAUCAGGACUCCACACCCACGGACCCCAAAGGUUUGGCCCAGCUCUGAGCUUCCGGUCCUGACUGUGCUGCAGACCUGGGCCCCAAAGUUCCUGCCUGGCUGCUCUGGCACACCCUAUAGCCAUAUCUUGAUGCCCCUGGAGGCCAGGGGUGGGAGCCCUGAACAGAGGGAACCCUUCCCUCAGCCGAGGUCUGCAAGGGCAGGCAGGUCCCUGCCAACUCAAGUCCUCCUGACACACCCUGGGUGAUACUACAUCACAGCUGAGUUCUGAGGGGCUUCCCCCCACCUCCACCUCAACAACCUUUUAACUUUGCCCAAACCCUUCCCUUGGAAGCCACAGCAUGCUGAACCCAAUAAAAGUGAGCUGGAAAGCCCCUGGCCUCAUUCUUGGGGGAAACCAGUGAGCCCAAGCGACCCAUAUGGGACAGCCAUCCCUAUCCAAGGUGCUGCUGGCUGCAUUGUCCCUUGGCUGGGUGACCUCCCUUGCCAGCCAAGGGCAGAGUACAGGGCACC